AUGAGUACUGUGAUAGCUCCGCCGCUGGCACCACGGCACCCUAGGGGAGCGGCUUUCCGCUGCUCGGCAAACGCAGACAGUAAAGGCAGCAGCGGGAGCAGCGGCAGCAGCAGCAAGGGCACCAGCAACCGGGGCAGCGGCAAGGGCGGCACCGCCCGGCGGCGGGGCGGCGGCGGCGGCGCCCCGCGCAGCAGGCAGCAGCAGCCGGCCAGCGCGCCGCGCAAGGCAGCGCCAGAGCAGCCCUCGUACCUGGUGCCCCCUCUGCGCAUGCAUGUCAAGGGAGAGCUGAGCACCGCAGACCGCAUGCCCGCGCCGCUCUGGUCCACCUUUUGCGGGGUCACAAAUGGCCUGUGGUGCGGCAUCACCGCGGCGUACAGCCCCUUCACAGGCACGUGGCGGCUGGCUGGCUGCUGGUGCUGGUGCUGGGGCCAGCCCGAGCCUCUGGCUCUGGACGACGGCAGGAAGCCGCUGACGCUGCUGCACCAGUGCUGCGUGGAGCAACGGGUGGUGGAUGAGGAGGCCGGCACCGACAGCGUGGUCAGGCACAUGGCACGCGCCGCCACCCCGGAGGGCCUGCAGCGAGAGAUGGUGCAGGGGGGGCAGCUGCAGUUUCCGGCCUGCUCCACCACCGCGGCGGCGGGCGGCCGCCUGGCCGAGUGCUGGGACGAGGAGCGGUUCAGCUCCGAGCAGGAGGGGCUGGUGGUGUUUGACGGCGGCAGCUACAGCCUGGGGCCCAGCGUCAUUGGCUCGCCAGAGGAGGUGCAGGCGCCGGCGCAGGUCGAGUUUGACGACAUGGCGGCGCUGGCGGCCACGGCGGCGCUGGAGGCGGCCAUGGCGGCGGAGUCGGCGGUCGACUCGCUGGAGCUGAUUGCAGAGGAGGGUGAGGAGGGGGCUGAGGAGGACGAGGGCGGCAGCGGCAGGCAGGUUGACGUGGAGGCCAUUACCGCUCAGGAGCAGGCUGAGUUUGACUGGACCGCGGUGGUGAUUGAGCACUGCAUGCAGUGGGGGGGAGAGCAGCGGCUGCGCAUCCGCCUGACACUGGACACAGCAGGCGGCGGCGACGGCACCGACCUUGAGAUCCAGCCGCUGCGGGUGGCGGUCAGCCGCGAGGCCUGGGAGGGGCUGCCGGGCUCCUACAACCCCUCCUCCCAGAGCGACGGCGAGGCGGAGCAGCAGGAGGCCAGCAGGCGGGUGCUGCUGGACUCUCAGGCGCUCACCGGCUCCUGGAAGGUGUUUGAGGUGUCGGCUGUCACGGUGGAUGACGUCAGCAUGUCCACCGGCCUCCCCGCCCCCUCCACCCUCUACACCGCCGCCGAGACGCUGCGCAGCUUUGACGUGCGGGUGCCCGAGGACGGCGGCGACGGCGCCCUGCUGCGCCUGCCCCACUCCUGCGGCGUGCAGCUGGAGACGCUGCGCCUGGACAACCAGCGGCGCAGGGGCCUGCGGGUGAGCACCUGCUGGUGCCCCCAGCCUGACAUGCUGCUGGUCAUGGCCCGCCUGUACGACGCCGACGGCCGCCUGCUGGAGGUCAGCACCAGCACCGCCAUUCCCGCCCAGCAGCAGUAG